ACCAAUUCAAUUACCCUAAUCUCCUUUCUUUCGAAAUUUUCUCCAUUCCUCCUCGUUUCUAUAUCUUUUUUAGUUAUGGCCGUGAUCUCUCUUUUUCCUUCUUCUUUUUUUUUCCCUUUAUUUUGUGUUUGUGACGUGAUGAUAAGUUGAUAACUGAUUUCAAAUCUGGUAUUUCGAGAAGUAGUAAUAAAAAUCAUCUGAAUUCCCGUUGCAUGUCGAACGAGGAUUAUUAGAAAUAUUUAUGACAUAAAAUCAAUUUCACUUUGAUACUAGGCAAAUGAUUUCGACCCCCCCAAAAAAACUCUUUCUUGAAGAAUUCUAGAUUAUGUUAUAAGAAGUUGAUGACAGCUGUCUUACCAUGCAUAAGUGCUGAUCUCAUUCUCAUAGCUGCAGAAUUGGAUUCUAGGAAAGUCAAUAAUAUGGAUUCUAUAUGGUAAUUGCACAUUCACCAUGGAAAUUGAAACUUUUUUCCCGAUAAUUAUAACAAUGAACUUACAAUUGUGCAGAAACCAGAAGACAUUUAGGCCUAAGAAGAAUGCUCCAUCCGGAAGCAAGGGUGCUCAGCUUCAAAAGCAUAUUGAUGCUACCUUGGGUAGUGGGAACUUGAGAGAAGCUGUUAGGCUGCCACCUGGAGAAGAUAUCAAUGAAUGGCUAGCUGUAAAUACGGUGGAUUUCUUCAAUCAGGUGAACAUCCUUUAUGGUACUCUAACUGAAUUCUGCACUCCAAACAACUGUCCAACAAUGACAGCAGGACCAAAAUAUGAGUAUAGAUGGGCCGAUGGAGUUACUAUUAAGAAGCCUAUAGAGGUAUCAGCUCCUAAGUAUGCUGAGCAUCUGAUGGACUGGAUUGAAGCUCAGCUAGAUGAUGAAGCUAUUUUCCCACAAAAAUUGGGUGCACCCUUUCCACCAAAUUUUCGAGAUGUUGUCAGGACAAUAUUUAAAAGAUUGUUCCGAGUAUAUGCUCACAUUUACCACUCACAUUUUCAGAAGAUUGUGGGUUUGAAGGAAGAAGCUCAUUUGAAUACUUGUUUUAAGCAUUUUGUUCUGUUUACUUGGGAAUUCCGGUUGAUUGACAAAGGAGAACUUGCACCUCUGUCUGACCUUGUGGACUCUAUUUUGCAGUUGUAGCGGAAUGAAUUUUCUUCCUCUUUUUAAACGUUUUGGAUACACAUUGUUUGUGAGCUUCUAUUUGCUGUUGUAUUUUUUUGAAGAGAAAAGAUUCCUUUAAGCAUCUGUUGUCUCCUUUCUCGACCAAUGGUGUUAUUCCUUUUUUUUUUUUCGUUUC